AUGCUGUGGCCGCGGCUGGCGGCGACCGAGUGGGCGGCGCUGGCCUGGGAGCUGCUGGGCGCCUCGGUGCUGCUCCUCGCGGUGCGCUGGCUGGUGCGGCGGCUGGAGAAGCGGCCACGGGGCCUGGGCCGCGGCGGGACCCCGGCCCCGCAGCCCUGUGCGGCUGCCGCGCCGGACCCAGGUGAAAUGACAAUGGAUGUGGUGUUGGCUCGAUUGAAACUCCUGAACGCAGAUGCCCUUAGAGAGGAAAUUGUCAAAGCCGGAUUGAAAUGUGGACCCAUCACAUCAACCACAAGGUUCAUUUUUGAGAAAAAACUGGCUCAAGCCUUACUGGGGCAAGGAACAUCGCUCUCUCCCUUUCUUCCCAGCCAUGAGGAGGCAGGUGCCACGGCCGUCAGCCAAGACACACAGAGAACUCUGAAGUCUGCUGAAGACAGCCUGCAUGAGCAAGCCAGUCUUCCUGAAGAGAGAGAGUUUGGUUAUGGCGUGGGCUUGAAUCCUCCCCAGGAGGAUGCUGUGACAUCCACGAGCUCGGUGCCCUUCUGUGCUGCAGCCCACAUCAACAGCCACAAAGCUGGUGUGACAGCCACUAAGGAGCCACCUCUGUACUACGGGGUAUGCCCUGUGUACGAGGACCUCCCAGUGAGAAACGGUACUAUGGCGUGGUCAGUGUGUCCUCACAUGGGUGGUACAUGUACUGCAGAGGGAAAAGAACGGAUCCAUGUUUAUGAAGAUAAAAAGGAAGCAUUGCAAGCCGUCAAAAUGUUCAAGGGGUCCCGAUUCAAAGCUUUUUCAACCAGAGAAGAUGCUGAGAAGUUUGCUAGAGGAAUUUGUGAUUAUUUCCCUUCCCCAAGCAAAUCCUCAUUACCACUUUCUCCUGUGAAAGCACCAUUCCUUAGCAACGGUGCGUUAAAAGGUGGUUUGUGUUCACCUGAGUCAGACAUAGUGAACAAAGAGCGGGCAAACAGUUAUAAAAACCCCCGCACCCAGGACCUCACUGCCAAGCUCCGAAAGGCUGUGGAGAAGGGAGAAGAAGACACCUUUUCUGAUCUCAUCUGGAGUAACCCUCGCUAUCUGAUUGGCUCAGGAGACAACCCUACCAUUGUCCAGGAAGGCUGCAGGUACAAUGUCAUGCAUGUUGCUGCCAAGGAGAACCAGGCUGCUAUCUGCCAGCUGACUUUGGAGACCCUAGAAAACCCUGAGUUUAUGCGACUCAUGUACCCAGAUGACGACCUGGGCAUGCUGCAGAAGCGCAUCUGCUACAUCGUUGAUCUCUAUCUGAACACGCCUGACAAGAUGGGCUAUGACACGCCAUUGCAUUUUGCUUGUAAAUUUGGAAAUGCUGAUGUGGUCAAUGUGCUUUCUUCACACCCUUUGAUUGUGAAAAACCCAAGAAAUAAAUAUGAUAAGACACCUGAAGAUGUGAUUUGUGAAAGAAGCAAAAAUAAACCUGUGGAACUGAAGGAGCGGAUCAGGGAAUAUUUACAGGGUCACUACUAUGUGCCAUUGCUCAGAGCUGAAGACACGUCCUCUCCCGUCAUCGGGGAGCUGUGGUCCUCAGACCAGACGCCUGAAGUCUCCCACACUGGUCACUCAGGAGGUGGCCCCCGGGACCCUGUGCUGACACUGAGAGCUUUUGCAGGGCCCAUGAGUCCAUCCAAGGCAGAAGAUUUUCGCAAACUCUGGAAGACUCCACCACGAGAAAAAGCAGGCUUUUUUCACAACGUCAGGAAAUCUGACCCAGAAAGAGGCAUUGAAAGAGUGGGCAGGGAGCUAGCUCAUGAGCUGGGGUAUCCCUGGGUUGAAUACUGGGAAUUUCUGGGCUGUUUUGUUGAUCUGUCUUCCCAGGACGGCCUGCAAAGACUAGAAGAAUAUCUUGCUCAGCAGCAAUUGGGCAAAAAGGCUCAACAAGAAACAGGUGGAAAAGAAGCCUGCCUCAGAGACAGGGCCCUGGCCUCAGGCAAGGGGCAAAAGGGCAGCAAUUCCGUCUCUGUGGGGGCAUUUCUGGACGAGGAUGAGGAGAUGAGCCUGGAAGAAAUCAAAAACCGGCAAAACACAGCUCGAAACAGCAGCCCGCUCACCAUCAGUGCUUGGGGAGACGCCGUGCGUGGCGCCCUUCCCUCGGAGCCCAAGGCGGCCUUGAUCGAAGCCUCAGCCCUGAGUGCUGUCCCCAGCAGCAGAAAUGGAUUCUUCAGUCCCAGCCUGAGCCCGGGUGGCAGGAGACCAGAGGCCGCCAGCAGAGAGGACGCACUUCUCUCGCCUGUCUCUGACUUGACUGUUGACUUUGACAAGCUGAGUUUGCAAAAUCUAGAAAGUAGCCUUUCCAGGACCCCAAAACGAUGUAUGAAAACCGAAGAAAAGAAGAUCCUGACCUCGAGAAUGGGUGCAGUAGAAGAUGGCUUGCUAGCGUCUCCACCUGCUGCAGACAGACUUGGAAAGAACCAGACAGAGACGGAGAGGGAAAUGUCCCUGGAGCCCAGCAGCCCCGGGCAUGAGGCCCAGGGCAGGCACACGCCCACGUCCCCCCCUGCCACCAGGCUCUUCCUCUUUGGAGAGGAGCCAUCAAAGCUGGACCGGGAUGUUUUGGCAGCUCUGGAACGUGCAGAUGUCGACCCUCAGCGGUACCCCGCUGUCCACAGAUGGAAGAGCGCUGUCCUGGGCUACUCGCCCUCCGAUAGGCAGAGCUGGCCAAGCCCUGCGCUGAAAGGAAAGCUCAAGGCUCAGCUGCCAGAUCUUGGUUAUGGCCCCGGCUGCAGCCCUGGGAGAAGCCGUCCUGCUGGGGGCAGCCCCGUGAGGCCCGGCCACGCCGCCCACUCCCCCAGCCUGGGGCGCUACAGCCCUGUACACGGGAGCCACCUCCGCAGGGUGGCGCGGGGGGCCCAGCUCACCACCACCCCUUAGGGUUGGGCAGCUCUCAUUUCCUUCAUUUCCAAAGAAGAAGGGUAAUAUGUUUUAUUGGUAAAAUUUCACACACACAAAAAUAUUCCAAGUAAUUUAUUAAUCCUCACUUUGAGGGUAGAAUUUCAGAAAACAUGAAUGUUCUAUGUAAAAUUUAAAUUUUGGAUAUUUUGGAAGAAGUUAAUGAAACAUUUUCUGGAAAAUGUCAACGUAUUAAAGACAAAGACUUUCUGGGUAGCAGUGCCUCGGUUUGAAAUGUAGCAGAGAAAAGGGUGUGGAGGCUGCUCCUGGGAGACAGCUGUGUGCAACCAGAAACCCUGAGCGACUGUUCUGGAGGAGGAGGACGCUGGCGGAACUGCUGGCUCGGACAGCCCUGUGACACCCGCCCUCACUCAGCUCGCUGGUCCUUGGCUUCCUGGGGUCUCUUGAUGAGGGGACAACCCCUCAGCCAGGUGGCCCUCAUCAUUUAUAUGUAAGGGAUAUUUACAAGUGAGGUCAUUAAAACACUGGAAUUACUGAUAAGAAGACGGAAGUAGCUUUUUUUGUUGGAAAAAGGUUUCCAGCCAGUGGGUGUUGUGCAAGAUAGUCCCAUAGACUCACCAGCAAUAAUUACAAGGACUCUAUUUUCCACUAGCUCUUGAGCUUUCAGGCUGUUGAAUUUCCGGUGUGGUUAUUCAUUUUGAAAUCGUUCCCUGGUUUUGAGAUUUAUCCUGAGGCCUCGAGCGUGAACUAGCGUACGGCCAGUUUUCUGCCGUGUCUCCCAGCUCUGUUUCAGCUGGGCUGUCCUGUAUAAAAGAGCAGUGCAGUUCAGGUUUGCCUUCCAGGUGAGGGUUGGUAGAGGCGGCCUUACCCUUGGCGCGCUCUCAGGAAGCCAACACAGCAUCACCAGAGGCUGUCAGGGCUGACUUCCGCCUGGGGGUUACAAGCGCAGAUCAUAUGCAAGUGUUAUUUUGUGUUUACUCCAAAAUGAAAAACUGUAACAAUGCUUUUGCGAACUUGAGUGCCUUUUUAAGUCAUUUUCAAUUUUUCUGAACUUGCUUUUUGAGAAUAUGAAAUGGUCGUAAGUAGGCAUAACUAAGAACUUUUUUAUUGGUGUAACCUGUGAAUUGAAAGUUGGGUUAAAAUGCUUAUUUCUUUCACAUAAGCAAUGGGCUAAGAAUACUGGAACCGACACUUAGAUUUUCAAAUAAAAACUUUGUUACACAGGAUGUUUUCAUUUGUGUAGCAUAUGAGAUCUUACAGAAUAGAAACACUGCGUUUUAAAGAACGCAUUCUUGUUCUUAAAUCAGAAUGUGGAUAUUCAGUUUUGUCAAAAAAUCUUAGGAUAUUGUCUUGU